AAAAGUAAAAAAGUAAAAACAAAGUAACAUUAAAGUUAAAGAUUCACUGUCCGACAAACAAUACAUUUUGACAAAAUGUUUGAGAAAAAAACAAUACUUUCGCCCAAAUGUUGUCCAUAAAAUUAAUUCAAAUAAUCUUGUUUCUUAGGGAAAAGUGAUUUACCACCAGACCAUGACCCCAUCUUGGAUUGAGGCGCAUGCGUCCUACAUCGACGGAUCUCGUGGAUACACCACUGAACAGAUCACAUUUCACGCGGGCGCAGUAACGCGGGCCGCCCUCUUUAAAGUUCCCAUGAUUCCUGUAAAUGAAUUGCAAAAUUCCUCGGCGUUAACCGUUAAAUUUGUGGUUUCCACUAAUGUCACUAUCGGAUCAACUGAUUCCGACAGUGAUUUGAUAUAUGGCGUGUCUGAUGGCAUAAGCUUUGUAGGCUUUGAAACUCUCGAUAAAAACAAUUACAAGGGCAAUUUCCCUCCCUGUUAUGGAUUGGAGGGCGUCUCUUUAGGUUCGCGUUUGAAAGACUAUAAGCCGGUCAGCUCUUUGUUACCCAAACCAAGCGACUCUUUCUAUCCCGGUCAGGUUAUUGGCACUCUCAGCUUAAAUGAACGCUGGGGCUCAUGCUACACUGCGCAUGACGGAGGCUUCGCGAAGACCGCUGUGUACAGCAAACGACUGAACCUCAGCAAAGGUCUCACUUUUGAGGUUUAUAAAGAUAACAAAGGCGAGAGGACUGGGAUCAAGUUCAUUGAAGUCACCAUCAUACAAGAUUCCCAGCCUUAAAAAUCGGCUUGUCAGUAAAGUGACCAUGGACGCAACCAUCAGAGACAAAGCAAGUAUAGCGGAAUUAUAGAACUGUGUUAAAAUUAUUAAAAGUACCUUCACUUGUACACGAAAUGUGCUAAGAACACCAGCGUGACAAUGUUAGCAAGAUAAAAUUAUAAUAGUAUGUAACUAGCAAGAGCAGAAGCCUGCCUGACUUUUUCAGUUUAAGACCGAUCAAAGGUUUUUGCAUGCAUAACCCAUUAGUAUAAAGCUGAAGUACAUUAGUACAGCAACAAUAACAUCUUUAUUUAAUUUUAUAUUUUACUACAUUUUGAAAGAUUUUUAGUUUAUUUUAUGCAUAUAGAAUGUUUUAGAUGAGGUAACUGUUAUAAUCUUGUUUGAAUGAGACUGGAGGCUAAAUAAACCGUUAUGUUUUCGAGUUAGCCUCCAGCCUAGUCAUGUCUAAUUGUAGGACAGGAGAGAUGAAGGAAGAAUUUAUAGUGUACAGUUUAGUUUAAUUUAAGGAAGAACAAAAAAAGUAACAGAAAAGUAAUUGACUGUAUCGGUCUCACAGUAAACAAUGUUUAAUUUUUUUGAAAAUGCAAAUACGCUAAGUUCUUUCAAAUGGGUUGGAAGUUCUUUCCAAAGAUCUAUUGAUAUUUAACAAACGUAGGUUUCCGUUUAUGGAGAUAGUUAUUUUGGCUUUUCGAACUGCUAAGCUCAUGACGGUGCCCGGCCUUUGCCUGUUAGUUUAGAUAUAACAAAUGAGCCUGGGAGAAUUCCAUGCUAAACUGGUAUUGGUGUUGGGAAAAACUUAAACGCUCGUGACUGAAUUUUCUCCUUUACAUUCUUCAAUUCAUAAGCAGCCUUUCUGGAGUCUUUUGCUCCUCCUCUGAAAACGCAUUGCAGAAACUGAAAGAUGCGACAGUUAAGAUUUUCAUGCAAGUUGGCAUGUGCAAGAUGCGUCAUUAUAAGAGAUAGGAAUAACAUGGUAUACGCUUUGACAGUUCCUCGACAUCUCCAGCAUAGGGUUCUAUGCCGUUACUGCUCUAAAAUAAAAGGUCCACUGGGGACUCAGGUGUUAUAUUUUCUGCCCUGAGUAAUUCGACUUGAUAACGCUUCCCCAUUUUUAUUCAAUCCACGUAACCGAGCCUACUUAUCAUUAUGGCGAACCUGCGUUUUUUUACAGUUUAUACGUUUAUAUGCUCUCACAUAAUUUCCACAAGUAUUUGAGGAAAUUUGAAGUACUAUUUGUGCCAGAUGGUGCCUUUUCAGACGGUCAACUAGCUGGGAACACGUAAAACUAUGGAGACGAAACAAAGAUGUGGGAGGAAAACCUGCAAGGCAGCAAUAGACACAAACAGAAUAAGAGGAAAGAUCAUUAAACACAAAAUAAUAAUAAAAAACGCAAGGCUUUCUCCGGUGUAACAGUUUCCAGUCUCAAUCGUGGGAAAGAUUGUUCUUCCCCCAGGCCAGUUGGAUGAUUUAGCGCCUAGUUAGACAGGCAGUCAAUUCAGUCAAUCAGUCAGUCAGUCAGUCAGUCAGUCAGUCAGUCAGUCAGUCAGUCAGUCAGCCAG